AGAUAGACGACACUCUGCCAUUCCCAUUCGACCCAGGAGAUAGACGACACUCUGCCAUUCCCAUUCGACCCAGGAGAUAGACGACACUCUGCCAUUCCCAUUCGACCCAGGAGAUAGACGACACUCUGCCAUUCUCUAGCAGACAGACUCUUCAUUUCUGGGAAGAUACUGCGGAUUUAGUGCGACAACUGGGCCUCCAUUUUCACCGGGCCGCACCGCAUAUCCACGUGCAUCGACGAGGUAGGUUGAGCGCACUCUACUGCUUUUGAUCCACCCUGGACUGCGGAUUCAGCGCCGACACGAGGAUUCGCGCACAUUCAUGGUGGAUUUCAUGCGAUUUUCCCGUUUGCUGUCAUACUUUGCCGCAUAUACCACACAUCUGCCCGCCUGAAGUGAGCCGAAUCCAAACAUACACUAUGGCGGCAUCCAUACCACGACCUUCGCGGCCGUCCUAUGGGCCCCCGACAUCCGCCUUGCCCGCAAUCCCAACGACGAAGACGAGAAGGAGCACUGGUGCCAUACCCACAUUCACUGACUCGUACGACCUCACAAUACCCCUCCCCAAGACCGGGCUUCGAUCGCAGUCAGGCGGCCCGCCCGAGACAGGUCUCGCCUUGCCCAAGACACUGCCAAAACUGAGGACUCUCCCCGCCGGGACGAGUUCGCAGCGCAAGACGAUAAGGAAGACGAUCAGCAUUCAUUCCUUCCCACAGCCGCCGCGGGGCACGCGCACAUCCAGUCUACCACCGAGUCCACUCUCUGCAGGCGCAGGAGCGGCGUCAAAUCGAGACUCGAUGGAGAGCAGCCCUCUGACACCUUCGGGCUCAAAGCCGUUGCGGCAGAAACCGAAGACCUCGCUUGGACCUGGCACGCAACUGGCUUAUGCGGGGAACUCCACGCCCAGUCUGCUCAACGGCAGCGGAACUACAAAAUCUAUAUCGAGCGGGCCAGGCGCGCGAGGAUCGGAUUGCCUCCUCAGCCUCCCUUCACCGCCACAGAGCCGGAGCUCUUCGGCGCAGGACAUGGAGUCCACGGCGAGUACAUACGAAGACGGCCUGGAUGCCGGGAGGGGCAGGCAGACCUCGGCGGAGCUGGCUAAUGGCGACUCGAAGUCGGCAGAGGGGAAGGGGAAUGUCAUUGUGAGCGUGCGUGUGAGGCCGGAUGCAGGUGGCGAUGCGCCGGGCGCAAGCAAGACUGAUGGGGAGUGGAUGGUGGAUGGGAGGCGCUCGCUCGUUGCGUACAAGGGGCCAGCGGGUGGCGACCAUUAUUAUGAUAAUGUAUUUGCGACACACGACACGAAUUCCCGCGUUUACGACGGCUCGGCCAAGCGAUUAGUACGACGAGUCAUGGAGGGCUAUCACGGAACGGUCUUCGCAUACGGAAUGACGGGUACGGGAAAGACAUUCUCGAUGCAGGGCACGGCGACAAACCCUGGUGUCAUUCCCCUCGCCAUCACCGACAUCUUCUCCUACAUUCGCGAAACCCCAUCACGCGAGUUCCUCUUGCGCGUUAGCUACCUCGAAAUCUACAAUGAAAAGAUCCACGAUCUGCUCAACCCCCCACCGGCAAACGCUCUUGGCGCAAAUGCACCCGUCCAGGAGGAAAUCAAGCUCCGCGAGGACGCAAAGCGAGGCGUUUACGCCAGUCCCCUCAAGGAGGAGAUCGUGCAGAGCCCGACACAACUUCUUCGUGUUAUUGCCCGUGGUGACCACGCCAGAAGGACAUCCAGCACGCAGUUCAACGCCCGCAGUUCUCGCAGUCACGCCGUCGUGCAGAUUGUCGUCGAGAGUCGAGAGCGACUUCCCGGCAACGGUGCUAUGUCGGAUAACAAGCGCUCUGGGCUCGUCCCCGGUGGUGUCAGAGUCUCAACUCUGAGUCUGAUCGAUCUUGCUGGUUCGGAACGUGCAGCGGAGACGAAGGAGCGCCGCGAGGAGGGCUCGCAUAUUAACAAGAGUCUUCUCACGCUCGGAACGGUCAUCGCGAGGCUGUCAGGCGACAAGGAUAAAGAGGGCAGGCCGAUGGAUAAGAACGGCAAGCAUCUCCCUUACCGUGACAGCAAGCUCACGCGCCUGCUGCAGGGCGCACUCUCGGGUGACUCCCUCGUCAGUAUCCUCUGCACCAUCCAAAUCGGCUCUGUCGGGUCCGCGGCCGCGGCGAACACGCACACCGGCGAGACCCUGAAUACGCUCAAGUUCGCGUCGCGCGCGAAGAACAACAUCGUCUCGCACGCCAAGAAAGCAGAAGAAGCUCUCGGUGCCGGCGGCGAUGGUGGCGCCCGCGUGCUCCUAGAGCGAUACCGUCUCGAGAUCCAAGAUCUACGCGGCCAACUCGACGGACAAGCCAGGUCCAAAGACGACGAAGAAGAAAGCAAGCGCGAGAAGGAAGCCGAGCUGCGCCACGAAGAGCAGAUGCUCGAGAUGCAACUCGCGCGCACCGCGCUCAAGGAGCGCAUCGAGCACCUCAACCGCCUGAUCAUCUCGAGUAAGUCAACGGGCGUCAACUCCGGGUCCUUCUCGUCGAUGGGGAAUCACCCCCGCCUAUCGACCAUGACGUCCAACACCAACCUCGCGUCGGCGCGCUCGUCGUACGCGCCCUCCCUCACGGCGGAUUUGAGGAAGUCCCUUGAAAGGUCGCCGAGUAUGGCGAGUCACUCGACGCUGGGGCAGCUGCCGGCGUCGGAUAAGGGGGGGGGAGGGUCGAGUACCCCGCAUCUUCAUGAGGGGCAUGAUGAUGAGGAUAGUCUUGGGGAGUAUGGUGAUGGGACGGCGUCGCUUGCGGCGCAGAAUCGGGCGUUGCAGGCGGAUGUGGCGGAUAAGAACCGGUAUAUCAGUACCCUCGAGAAGCGGCUCCUUCAAGCUCGCCGAUCUAGCCAUUCCCGCGCUAGUAUUGGGUUUAACGGCGGCAAGAGCGGGGUGGCGGCCGGGGCGGUUGCGGGGGGUGAGGAUACCGGCGUCUCUGCGUUGUUGCGCGAUAAGGAUGCUGAGAUCUUGGAUCUGAGAGCGAGGCUGGAUGAUAAAGAUCACAUGCUCACCGCGCUCCGUUCAGCAGCUCGAUCACGCGAUGCUGCGGAGCGAAGCGGCGAGGCUACGGGACGUACUAGCGUGUUGACGGCGGAGAAUCUCGCCAGUGCUGCUGCGGCGCUCGGGAGGGGGGAGGUUGGACUUGGUCUCGGGAUGGGGUCAGCGGGGAACCACGUCAGUAUUGCGUCUGCGCCUGCUGGUGCUGCGCCGCGGACGGGAGCGGUGACGGCACCUGCUACCCCGGCGGCGGGGGCGGUGGUGGCGGAUCCGAUGGCGGCGUCGAUGCCGACGUCGAUGCCGAUGAGUCCGGUGCCGACGAGCCCGACGAGUAAGGGGGGGAAGAGGAAGAGUGUGGAUGAGAUGAGUAGGAUGCUUGAUGAGAUGAUUCAGGAUCGGGUUGAGAGGGGGGAGAUUGUGAAGGGGGCGAGGGGGAGUGUGAGGCUUGUUGGGGGGGAGAGGAAGGAGGAGGGUGUUGCUAUUGUUGCCUAAGGGAGCGGGGUUCACAGGCAUGCGGGUUUUGAGGAUGAUUUGCUGGGGAUUGGAUGAGUGUCGUGUGGGAUUUUGUAUUUGUGUGUUUUGUGGCUUUUGACUUUCUUUUCGUUAUACCCCCCCCCCGUUCUUUCGCUUCAUUGUCCACCUUUUAUACACACACUCGUUGGGGUUUGUGAGAUAUACUUUGUUUCGAUUUGGCAUAACUCGAGGGAUGGGAUUUUUACAAGGAAAUGAAAGAUGGAAAGACGGGGGAAGAAAGAGAGUAUAGAUGAUGGCGGCGACGCCGGUGGAUGGGAUGGGAUGGGAUAGUGAAGAAAGGAAAGAAGGGAAGGGGGAGCGCGGCGUUAAGGACCAGGAGUCCGGAAGGAGCCUGUAGCGGCUGGAGGGUGUAUGAGUAUGUCGUAUGAGUAUGUCGUACCAUGAGCAAUGAGAAAGUUUUGUCUGUAGUCGGUAAUACAGGGGUGUGAAGACCCGAUUCAAAUACCAAGAUC